CGGUUUCGUCUCUUGGAAGGCUUCUCGCUCGUUGACGAAACAACAAUCUUCCGAUCAAGUUAGCUAGCUUUCCAACUCUCGGCUCUCCUUGUCCGACCCGUUUCCUGAGCUCCUUUUUAUGAACGCGGGAGCUUGACAACUUUUCUAGCCAAACGUGCUCUCAGUAGCGCGCAAUCCGCUACCGCACACAAACGUCUCAUCGAUUCGGCAGGCCGGAUUGCAUUUGGUGAAAUUGCGCACGAAGGACUGACGCUGGAGCGUGAUUCUCCCCUGCGUCGUCGCUACUUCUUUCUUCGACUCCGAGUCGCGGACUGAGAAGAGCCGCCAUGGCGACGUAUAUGGACUACCAGUCGUGCCGCUACUCCAGCUGGUGCCCGGACCGCUACGACGCAGACGAAUGGUACGAAGCCAUGGACCAGAAGUACGCCAUCGACGCAUCAUCAUCAUCAACAGCAACAUUCUAUGGCGGCGCGGGUCCCGCAUCAACGACGCGAAGCCAUUUCAAUCCCGCGUUGGCUUCUAGCUACACUACCACUGCUACCACCGGCCGAAUGCCGAUGCCGAUGCGUAUGCCGAUGCCGAUGCCGAUGCCGAUGCCGAUGUCGACGAUGAUGAUGGUGCCACUGAAUACGACGAGCAUGACGGUCAGCGAGGAGCAUCCGCUCAAUGCGGCGGCCGCAGUGUCAAUGCCGCCGCCGAUCACGUCCGUGACGAAUCAUGCCGCGGGAGCCGCCGGAGCCGACAAUACUAGGAGGGCGCCGACGACGGCGAUGAUGAUGAUGCCGUCGGCAGCCACGGAUGCGGAAGCCGCAAAGCUGUCAAACCCCUUCGAUUGGCGAGAGCUGGAGGCGUCGUGCAGGAAGCUGGACGAGGCCAACAUCCGCAUCACGGAGCUCGACAUCACGUGCCUCGGCAGCCCCACCGCCAGCGAUUCCGCCUUCGACGCCGACGCUGACGCCGCCUUCGGCGCGAGCAGCGGCGGCGGUGGCGACGGGUGCAAGUAUGGGUACGGGUUGUCUGGAAAUGUGCGUUACGGGAUCACGUGCGAGCCCGCAGACUCCUCCUCCUCCUCUUCCGCCGCCGCCAGAAGCGGCGUUAAGAUUGGAGGAGGGACCGGCAAUGCAUCUGUCAAUGGUGGUGGUGGUGGCACUACCGCUGGCGACCUUGGCAUGGGGACCCAUCCGAUCCGUGCGAGUCAGCCUCGGUACCCGCCGCACAUCUAUGGCUUUCCUCCUGUGCAAAAGCUCCCGCCUGCCGCCGUCCACCACAUGCCGCCGGUGCCUAUGCAUGGCGUGCCAAGGCCGCAGGCUAUUAUUGGCGCUGGUGUUACUGCCAACUCGAGCCAUCCUUCUGCUUCCGGUCGGCACAGCGGAACCUUCUCUCGUCCGCGCUCUGCGUCCACCAUUGCUGCGCUCUCCUCACUUGUUGGGGGUUCUGGGACCUUGGCGGGUGGAGGUGGCUCGGGAACAUUUGCUCUUCCGCUAUCCAGUGGGUUCGGCAGCAUAGGUUCGGGCUCAGGAUCAGCCCCGGGUUCAGGCCCGUUGGCUGGUUUGAAAACCAGGCCGUUGCCUAACAGCAGGGGUGCUUUCAGGCAGAUUGUGCUUCCUCUAGGUGAUGAUGGUGCUGUUCAUCAUGCCGAGCUGCCCGAUUCUGGGUGCAGCGACAAGGCUCCUAGCAGUGACAGCAGCGACAGUGCUCCUAUAUCCUGUGGGAGUUCCAGCAACAGCAGCAGUAGCGUCACGGAUGCCAACAACAUUGCAGGUGCUGCUGCUGAUGCUUGCGCUGACGGUGACACCAGCACCAAGUCCUGUUCACCUGGCAAGAGCAGUGGCAAUUCAAGCAGUCCCAGUGCCAGCAAGGACUCUGAUACGGGCACCAGCGCCAGCAGCGGAAUGUGUGUCAGCAACGCCACCAACACCACUGCUGUUGGGAGUGGCGGGAAGUCGUUCACCCGUGUGAUGCGGGCUUUUGCUGAUCGGUGCCAGCGGGCCUUCACAGUUACGCCAGGUAGAGGCCGUGCAUUGAGAAUGACUGCAGCAGUCAAGCAUCGUAGGUGCAAUAGCAAUGAGAGGUUGGAUCAACUGCACUUAGGUGUUGCAUAACGAUUGUAGUUUGGUUAUGAUGUACAGAAGCAGUAGUUGGUGGGGCAGGUGUGCCUGGUGAAACGUGACCAUAGGUUCCUACUGUUUUUUUCGUGCACGUGUAAAAUUAUAUAUUGUGGCUAAGCCUCAUUCAGUCGUGCUAAUUAG